AUGGAAGGGACAACAAAGUCGCGAAAUAACGAAACAUUUCAGCGGCCCGAAUUUCCCAAAACCUUAGAGGGAUUUGGGUAUCAUUUCACGGAAGAAGGGGAGCUCAGGAAUAUUGAGACAAAUGAUCGUUUUGUCUUUGUAAUACGAGAAGGCGAUCGGGCAUACAAUCAAGCCCAUUACGAAGCCUUGGGCGACGUAAUCGCGCAACAUAUCGAAGAUAGUUUAGUGACAAAGUACAACUUUACUCGGCAGCCUGUGCCAAUUGAAGCAGCGGAUGAUCCCACGAUACCUCACAGUUGGAUAUACUUGAGCCCCAAUUCCUCCAAGUGUAAAAAGCUGAUGCUGCUGAUUCAGGGAAGUGGUGCUGUCCGGCCUGGUCAAUGGGCUCGACAAGUGAUAAUCAACGAUUCUCUUAAGAUGGGUUCAAUGUUCCCUUACAUAGAAAAAGCUCAAGAACAGGACUUUGGCAUCAUAAUCUUUAAUCCUAAUGUGAAUUUCUCGUCCUCUAUUGAACGCCGUCGCAUAGAAGGUUCCGCAACUCCACCUGGACAUUGUCUUUACGUUUGGAAGAAUUUUGUCAGACCAGCAAAAGCGGAGGAUAUCGUGAUAGUAGCACAUAGUUAUGGUGGAAUCUGUACGGCGCACCUUAUCAUGGAACUUGGUGAUGAAUUCUGUAGCCGAGUUAAGGCUAUCGCUCUCACUGACAGUGUUCACAGCAAGUCCUGGAUACGGGAAGCUAUGCGGCCAUGGUUUUCCCGUACCGCCAUUAACUGGAUUACUUCAUCUAUGCCGUUGGAUACAUCUAUCCCUGAGGCAAUGGAGUACAAUGGCUGUCCUUGUUUAUCUGCUGGUCACAAGAAGCACGAAUAUACUUCAGGCACCGCAUUCCCAGCCGUCUUCAAGUUCAUUAACAACGCAUUGACGAAACCUGCUUCCAAACCAUCUGAUUACUCUCUGAAAUCCGAGAGCACACUUCUUGAUACAGUGUCUACAAGUCUCUCCCAAAUGCUGUCGAGCACGGCCUCAGUGGUGAAAUCACUAUUUUCUCUAAACUGGCUUCAGAACACUAGCCAAACUCAAACGAGUAAUAACCAGCCGCCUCCUGGUGAACCAACAGCAAAACCAGAGCAAGAUAAAGAAGACGGAUAA